UGCGGCAGGAGGAACCCGAACCCUGCGGCCGGCGAGUCGGUCGCGCGCGGAGGGAGGGACGCGGGAGGUGGAGCCGGGCCGGCGAGCCGGGGUGCCUGAGGAAAGGAGCGGGGAGCUGGUUCCGACGUGAGGAGACACUGAAAAAGGGGAGGGCCGAAGGAACGGCUGGAAGAGGAAGAUGCCCAGUACAGACCUUCUGACGUUGAAGGCCUUUGAGCCCUACUUAGAGAUUUUGGAAGUAUACUCUACGAAAGCCAAGAAUUAUGUAAAUGGGCAUUGCACAAAGUAUGAGCCCUGGCAGCUAAUUGCAUGGAGUGUCUUGUGGACCCUGCUGAUUGUCUGGGUAUAUGACUUUGUCUUCCAGCCAGAGAGUUUAUGGUCAAGGUUUAAAAGGAAGUAUUUUAAGCUCAUCAGGAAGAUGCCUAUUAUUGGCCGCAAGAUCCAAGACAAGGUGAACAAGGCUAAGGAUGAUAUUCACAAGAACAUGUCAUUCCUGAAAGUGGACAAAGAGUAUGUGAAAGCUUUGCCCUCCCAGGGUCUGAGCUCGUCUGCAGUUCUGGAGAAACUCAAGGACUACAGCUCCAUGGAUGUCUUCUGGCAAGAAGGGAGAGCCUCCGGAGCAGUGUACAGUGGGGAGGAGCAGCUUACCCAGCUCCUCGUGAAGGCUUAUGGAGAUUUUGCAUGGAGUAACCCCCUGCAUCCAGAUAUCUUCCCAGGACUACGUAAAAUAGAGGCAGAAAUUGUGAAGAUGACUUGUUCUCUGUUCAAUGGGGGACCAGACUCCUGUGGAUGCGUGACCUCCGGGGGUACAGAGAGCAUACUAAUGGCCUGCAAAGCUUAUCGGGGCCUGGCCUUUGAGAAGGGGAUCAAAACUCCAGAAAUUGUGGCUCCCCAAAGUGCCCAUGCUGCAUUUGACAAAGCAGCCAAUUAUUUUGGGAUGAAGAUUGUGCGGGUCCCAUUGAACAAGAUGAUGGAGGUGGAUGUGCGGGCAAUGAGAAGAGCCAUCACCAGUAACACUGCCAUGCUCGUCUGUUCUGUCCCUCAAUAUCCUCAUGGUGUGAUAGAUCCUGUCCCUGAAGUGGCCAAGCUGGCUGUCAAAUACAAAAUACCUCUUCAUGUAGACGCUUGUCUGGGAGGCUUCCUCAUUGUCUUUAUGGAGAAAGCAGGAUACCCGCUGGAGCAACCAUUUGAUUUCCGGGUGAAAGGUGUGACCAGCAUUUCAGCUGAUACCCAUAAGUAUGGCUAUGCCCCCAAAGGCUCUUCAGUGGUGUUAUACAGUGACAAGAAGUACAGGAACUAUCAAUUCUUCGUUGCUACAGAUUGGCCAGGGGGCAUCUAUGCUUCCCCAACCGUGGCAGGCUCACGGCCUGGUGGCAUUAGUGCAGCCUGUUGGGCUGCCUUGAUGUACUUCGGUGAGAACGGCUAUGUUGAAGCUACCAAACAGAUCAUCAAAACUGCUCGCUUCCUCAAGUCAGAACUAGAAAAUAUCAAAGGCAUCUUUGUUUUGGGGAAUCCCCAAGUAUCAGUCAUUGCUUUGGGCUCCCGUGAUUUUGACAUUUACCGACUAUAUAACCUGAUGACUGCUAAGGGGUGGAGCCUGAACCAGUUGCAGUUCCCACCCAGUAUUCAUUUCUGUGUCACAUCAGUACACACCCGGAAGCGAGUAGCCAUACAGUUCCUAAAGGACAUCCGGGAAUCUGUCACCCAAAUCAUGAAGAAUCCUAAAGCGAAGACCACAGGCCUGGGUGCCAUCUACGGCAUGGUCCAGACAACCGUUGACAGGGAUCUGAUUGCGGAAUUGUCCUCUGAUUUCCUGGACUGCCUGUACAGCACAGACACUCUCCCCCAGGGCAGCCAAAUGAAUGGCUCUCAAAAGCCCCGCUGAGCUUGGACCCUUGCUAGUCCCUGAGGGGCUUCUGGCCUUCAGAAGGUUCUGGAGUAUGGAACAGGUCACGCACAACUUUGACGUCUGGUCUUGCUCGCUCCAUAGAGGACAAAAUAGACCACGAGACAGCUUCAUCCUCAGGAAUCUUGUUCCUCCUUUUGUCACCUGUUUGUAGUUUUUAAUUUGAAGACUCAGAAGGAUUCCAUUAUGUAAUGAUUUUGCCCUUGUUAGAAAUGUUACCCUAGGAAUUAUUUUAACCAUUUCCUCCUCUAACUUCUCUAGCUUUUAGCUUCACUUAAUCAUUGUGUGGCGGCUCUGACCUGUCUUGAUUCCUUAGGGAAGCUGGGGUACAGUUGAUGAGAUAGCAAAAGAGUUGGUUACCUCAGGCAGAUGUUUUGGCUGGUCAGAUAGGAAGAUUUAUGUAACAGACAUUUCCCCAGGUGGGUGUUAGGUAUACUUUAAGCAGGAGGCUUAUUCAGUUCUCCUCUUAGGUUAGUUGUCUUUCUUAGAAUCACUUUUAGCGCAACUUGUUUUAUUUUUCCAGGACACAGAUCCACCAGGCCAUCGUUCCCUAUUAUGCAGGAUUGGAGCGGUUGAGUCUGUCUGCUCAGUCUACCAAGGCAGGGUUUGGGCUGGUCCAUUUGGAGUGGUCCCUUCUGUGCUUUCAGUCCAUGUUUGACACUUGAUUGUCACCAUCUUUGGAGAUUCUUGUGUGAGGUGAUGCUCCCACUGGUCUGUCCUGGUUUCCAUGGACUUGGAAGAGAACAUGGUUUCCACAGAAUCUAGGACCUUCUCACUGUGGUGCUGCCUCCCUGAAUUGGCAGUAGUCAGAACAAACAUGUGCCCUCUUCUGGACUGGUGAUGAGCAGAAACCAGACCCUUUUCUAUACUCUGAAUAUCAGAGCAGGAUGACACCCAGAUUCAAAUACAUGUCACCAAAGUUGGUGGUGGUCCUCCCCUCCCCCGUUGCUUUAAGCCAUCAUGUAAUGUGAAUAUGUUUGCUUGAAGGCAAAGCACCUUCACAAGUUGCCUUGACUUACCCCAGGUGGGUGUGAGAGGUUUUUCUCUGUUAGUGUGUUCUUCCUGCCCCCUCUGCUUUAUUCAGCUCCCAAAAGUACUGUGGCAGAUUAGUCUCAGGUACUGGGCGCCUCUCAGCUCUGAAAAGGGAGCAGCAGAGGGACAUAAACAUUUGGGCAGGCAGCCAUUGUGGCCUAGGGCCCGCAAUUCCUUCAUAAGACUAGUUGCUCAGGGUGGUGCAGGGUCAGGACCAAACCCUGUGCCCACUUCCUAUCCUCCUCUCCCCUGUAGGGGACCCUGAUCUAGGUUGAGCCACUUCCUGCUCUAAUGACAUCAUAUCAUGUGCCUUUCUGCUCAGCAGUGAGCAGUGAGCUAUUCCUGGCCCGGGCCCCAGGGGGAAUGGAUCAUCAGUCUUUGAGGUUUCUAUUUGGGUAGGGGAGACUUAGGACAAGUCAGGAGAAACUUUCUUCUGCUCCAUUCCCUAUCUCAGGGACUCCUGAAUAUACAGCCUAACCAGGCUGGUGUCCUCUAGCCGUCCCCACUGGGAAUGCUGGCUGGGAGGGCCAAGACUACCAGACUGUUCCUCAAGCUCCUUAGCAUGUUUGUCUGAAGUGCUCUUUAGCACUGUACUUACCCAACGUCUGUGACUAGCUGGCCAUGUUACUGCAGGGCCAAUAUGGUAUGUACUUGUGUGCUUCCUUCCUGUUUGUUCCGCAGUACAUUGUGGGUUCCAAAAGUGGUUGAUGUUUGUGUGCAUGUGUGUCAGAGGAAGAAGCUGAGAUCCGCAGGACAUGGGAGUCACAUGUUUCCUCCCAGUUGCUGAACUGGCGGGCACCUUCUUGAGAGAGUAGUUGUGGUUGGAGCUGUGCAUGAAUCAUCUUGGGUCUCCAGUGCACUAUGUUAGAGGAAGUCCAGGGACCCAGAACCUCAAUGCUGGGUGCAGCAGGCAUCACUGUGGCUUGCCAGCUGCUACAGUGGAGAAGUGUGUGUCCUACAACGUGUGCAGAUGCUUGUAGUGCCUCCCCAGGACCAGACCCCCGAGCCACUCACUUCCUCUGUGCCGGGACAACGUUGGUGCCAGGGGGACAUGGUAUUUUUCAAAGGGACCUACUGUAGCCACUUUAAUUUAUGGUUAAGAGCCUUAGUUAGACUUAACACUUUUGUAGGCUUUUCAUCUUGUGUGUAUUUGUGCAUCUGUGUCCGUAGUAAUAUCUAGUCUGUGGCAGAGGUGGGUUGAGAGUCUUUAAUAGUAUCACGUUGCUUGCAGAUGUCACCGUGGCCUCUGCAAACACUGUACUGUCUUGUUUCUGCAUUAGAAGUAGUUGUGUGAAUAUACUGCCAUGUGACUUUUAAUAUUACCAGUUUUAUACUUUGAAAAUGGUACUUCUUUUAAAUCUUUCCAUCUUUUCUAACCUCCUCCCUUCCCAUCUCAAUGCUCCCUUCCUAACUGCAGCAAUAAUCUCUUAAAAAGCAAUUAAGUAAUUAAAUGACCCAAACUGUAA